UCCACAUCGCUCUACUAAACUGCGCUCAGCUCCAGAGUCCCGCGGAGGUGGACGGACACAUGUGUGAGCCCAGAGCCGCGUGAAGCCGCUGUCUUAACCCCGGAGAACCGCUGCCAAUGCGCGGAACUAUAACCCCCCUCGCCUUUGUACGUUUAUAUCCCCAAACAUGAACAGAAAACACCGGACCUCCACCCCUACUCCCGCGGCCUCUCUCCUCUUUCUUACCGGGAUGCUGGUGCUCUCGAGCGGGCACCGGAGCAGCUGUCUCCCGCUGGAAGGAGAGACCGCUCCGGGGACGACACGCUCCGCCGGUGCUAAGGUUUUCUCCGCGUACUUCCAGAGGCUAACCCGGGAGAGGAGGACGACGACACCAGGAGCCCGGUCCAGCAGUGUCUCUCCCCGGGUCGUGGAGCAGCUGUCCCCCGCUGACCUCUUCAUAGCGGUGAAGACCACGGGCAGGUACCACCGCUCCCGACUGGAGCUGCUGCUGGAGACGUGGAUGUCCCGGAGCAUGGCGCAGUCAUUUGUGUUCACAGACACAGAGGAUCCUCGGCUGCAGCAGAGGCUCGGUGACCAUCUGAUCCACACCCACUGCUCCGGCGCGCACACUCGCCAGGCGCUGUCCUGUAAGAUGUCCCACGAGUACGACGCCUUCCUCCGCUCAGGCAGGAAAUGGCUAUGUCACGUCGAUGAUGAUAACUAUGUGAACAUGUCUGCUCUGCUGAAGCUGUUGUCUCAGUUCCGUCACACUCAGGACGUGUACCUGGGGCGCCCCAGCACUGGGACCCCUCUGCAGGCCUCACUCAGCACACGGGGGGCUGCUCCAAAGGAGGUGAGGUUCUGGUUCGCCACAGGAGGAGCAGGGUUCUGUCUGAGUCGCAGUCUGGCCCUCAGGAUGCAGCCCUGGACCAGUGGCGGUGCGUUCAUGAACACCUCGGACAUGAUCAGACUGCCUGAUGACUGCACUGUGGGCUUCAUCGUGGAGGGUCUUCUGGGGGUGGCUCUGACCCACUCCCCUCUGUUCCACUCUCACCUGGAGAACCUGAGCACCGUCACAGACCUGCGCUCUCAGGUGACUCUGAGCUACAGCCUUGUGGAGAACACCAGGAACACUGUGCACAUCACAGGAGGCUUCUCCACACAGCAGGACCCCACCAGGUUGCGGUCUGUGCACUGCCUGUUGUACCCGGACACUCCCUGGUGUCCCCGUCCAACCUGAGGAGCGACAGAGGGAGGGAUGAAGAGGAGGAGUGCACUGGAGCGUCUGAAGGGGGCAGUCACGUCCACUUCAUUUUUUUUAUUUGGAUCAAAACGCUAUGGUUCAGUGUUUGGUCUCAGACAGCCUGUUCAGAGCCGAGCAGGAGAGAGAAGAGUGUGACGUCCAACCACCACCACGAGAAGAAGGACACAGAAGGACACAGAAGGACACAGAAGGACACAGAAGGACACAGAAGGACACAGAAGGACACAGAAGGACACAGAAGGACACAGAAGGACACAGAAGGAGAGUGAGGCCGGAGCUCUCGUGGCUCAGAGAGAGAGAGGCUUUAAAGGUUGUAUGGAGGAUUUUUAGUUUUUAGUUUCAAAAUGUCAAUGAAAGUUUAAAAUACCAUUACAGAGAGGCAGCAGCCUUGUAAUUAUGAUGACCAAAAAAAAAAGAAUGAAAAUCUAUCAACUGUGGACGUGUUGAGGCCAGAUAAACAUCAGCCAAUAGAGACUACCUCAUUUUCUAUUGGCUGUUGGGUUGUCAAUCAAACUCCCUACGUUUCUAGUGUAACUGACUCACCGGCGCGCAGGGAUUAUGUGGUUUAUGCAGCGGUUUUUAGUAGGGGUGUGCAAAAAUAUCGGAAUAUCGAUAUAUCGUAUCAUUUAAUGUGAUGAUACAGUAUCAAUAUUGUGGGCUAUUGUAUCGAUAUAUCACCAAGAGUAUUUUUACGUGUGUUUUACUAAAUUAUUCUGUUA